UCACGUCAUAUUUUGUUAGACAACAACACGACAGCUCUCUACAGCUGACGCCGACCACCGUCCCAUCAUGGAGCACGCGCGCGAGAGAGUCGCAAUAAUAGGGUCGGGCCUUGCUGGGCUUGUUAGCGCGAACCUGUUGUUCCACGACGUCCGCCAAAGAUAUGCCGUCAGGGUCUUCGAGUCGGUAGGGACGCCUGACGCCCACGCCCAUGCCCACUCUCUCUGGGGCCUCCACUGACAAAAGUAAUUCUAGGGAAAAACCCUCUCCCUCGACGCCGCCUCCAUCUCCCUCCCCGAUGCUGCCGCCAAGGAUGCUUCGACCCGCGUGGACCUGCCCAUGCGCGCCUUUGCGGGCGGGUACUACAACAACCUCAAGGCCCUGUACGACUACCUGCGCAUAUCCUACCACUCGCAGCCGUUCCUCUUCGAAUUCGCAGUGAGCCACGAUGCCAAAUCCGAGGCCAUUGCGCCUGGUCGCCGCGACAGGUCGUACUUCACACACGCAUCCAACCUCCACCAGCUUGCGCCUCGGUCCAGCGGAGUUGGCAUUGUCGUGUACCUGAUGCAAUGCCUAUACCUAGCCUUCUCGUACACGUGGUUUACCUUUUGCUGCGUCUUUGUCGGGCCGAGACAAGCCGAGACGCUGCAGCAGUACCUGGACCGCACGUAUUGCCCGCGCUACUUCACCACCUACUACUUGCUCCCACUCUUAUCGAGCGUGUCUACCUGUCCUCACGAUUCGCUACUCGCCUUCCCCGCCAGCGACAUCAUCGGAUACAAGCGGAGGACUCAUGGCGCGCCGCACUAUACCGUAUCAGAUGGUGUGGGAGGGGUACAGGAACGCCUAGUCAAAGGUAUCGACGUUACCCUCAAUGCCACUGUCACGGCAGUGGAGCCUUUCGAAAAGGGUGUUCGGGUAUCGUGGUGCGGUGCAUCGGACGCGGAGACGACAACCGAGUACUUCGACAAAGUGAUAUUGGCUGUUGCUCCAGACGUCGUGGGUCGCAUUUUCAGACCCCUCCAACACCAUAUGCAGCGCAUACCAACCGCCGUUGUGGAGAGCGUCGUCCAUACAGACUGGGCAGUGCUGCACGGGAGCGACCUCAACAAGAACGACAGGAAAGGCGCCCAGCUCAUCCAUCUGAACACAUCUACUGCCGAUACACCCGUGACCGAGUCGCAUCAUCUCCAGCCCUGUGGUGUCGUGGUGACAACCUGCCCUUUCACACCUCUCGAGCAGCAACACGUAGCUCAACGGAGCAAGUUCACGCGCGUUCUCCGCAGCCCGGAAAGCCAGCGCAUCGUCAAUGCCAUCUUCGGCAACGGUUCGAAUCUCAGUGCGGAUGACAAAUCAGUGCCGCGUUGGAGGAACGGCGAGGAUAACGUAUGGCUGGUAGGCGGAUGGUGUUGGGAUGGUAUGGUCCUCCUAGAGGGUUGUGUUAUAUCAGCCAUGCGGGUUGCCGAUGCGCUCGAUGUCAAGGUGCCGUGGAGGCAUCAGUGAACAAUGAAAAGGCUUGAGUUUCUAGCUUGUGCCUUACUGUCAAAGAGCCCCCAGGUUGAGCCCGGUGCUCCUGCUGGAUACAACAAGCUUUUCCGUAGCACGGUAGAUGGUCCGAUAGAGUAGAUACCCAGGCAUGUUGACAUGUCCAUUUCCAUUACAGAACAAAUUC